UUCACCAGUGAUGGUUUACAUAUCUGUCUUGAGUGUGAAAUAUUUGCCCUGCGACUGCGGCAGCUUUAAACCCAACAACCCCGCCCCUCCGCACUAUCAUAUGAAUCUGGACUGAACGCUGGAUGGGAAAAGUUUAGAGGUCUCGGUGAAAUCGCUCUUCCCCGGCCAGUUUGUUGUGUGUGCGCCCUGCCUCGCCUUUUAAAGGGUUUUUACUCCACCGUCUGUGUCGGGGGAAAACGGAGUCGGCUUGAGUGUUUUCCAGACUGGGACUUCUUUUUCUCCCUGCAGGAAUACACAGGGGAGGAGAAGAAGGAGGAGGAGGAGUGGGGACGCUCUGGCUGCUUGAGAUACGUUUCGAUUCCAAACUUUGGGCGACAUGGACGCGCACCGCGGCGCGCCUCCGGCCGGGCAACAGAUCGUGCACGUCCGCGGGGACUCCAACACGGAGCUGGAGGCCCUCUUCAACGCCGUGAUGAACCCCGGCAAGGCGGCCAGGCAGACCCAGUCCGUGCCCAUGAGGAUGAGGAAGUUUCCGGACUCUUUCUUCAAGCCGCCGGAGCCCAGGGGCCACUCCAGACAAGCCAGUUCAGAUGGAGGCGUGUGCGGCUCCCUCGCCCCUCAUCACGUCCGCGCUCAUUCUUCCCCAGCCUCCCUCCCAAUCAACUCAGUCAAUGUAGCGGCCACACCAAUCAUACCCGACGAUGUGCCACUCCCCGAGGAUUGGGAGAUGGCCAAGACGCCCACUGGCCAACGGUACUUCAUCAACCACGCGCAGAGGUCGACCACAUGGCAGGACCCCCGCCUGUCGCAGCUUCAGUCGGCUGCAGCCCAGCAUCAGAUCGCCUGCACCCCGAGCCACGCCCACUCCUUCAGCAACCCAGCCCCCACUACGCAACCCAAAAAUAUUAUUCCUGAGACAGGUCCACUGCCUAAAGGCUGGGAGCAGGCUGUGACUGCAGAAGGAGAGGUGUACUACAUUGAUCACAUAAAACAGGAAACCACAUGGGACGACCCGCGUCUAGCCCCUAAGGUGAACCCAGCUGGCCUCCCUUUGGCAAUCCAGCAAAGACUAGAAAAGCUCAGACUGAAGCAUCCCGUCCCUCCACAAUUUGCCCCACAGGUGCAGGAGGCGGGAGGGAGCAACCAGAUGCCCGGCGGGAUGGACCAUGACAGAAGCGCACAGAUGCUUGUCCCAUCGGUGGAUAUCAGGAUCAGGGCCCUAAACCAAGAAUCUAACCUUAACGGGGCUCACUCUCGCAACGAAAGCACUGACAGUGGUCUGAGUGUCAGCAGCUUAUCACGCACGUCGGACCACAUGUUGAGCUCUGUGGAUCACAUGGACACUGGUAUUGGUGACUCAAGUGAGCCUCCCUCAAUGGGCCUGCAAGAGUCGAUGCCCGUGCUGCCGAUAAAUGAGGAGCUGAUGUCCGGCAUCCCCGACAGUUUGACUUCAGACAUGUUGAUGGAAAUGGACACAGUUCUCUCCGGGCCACACAUGGACAGGGACAGCCUACUCACCUGGCUAUAGACGCAAGCAGCCGCCGUCCGUUUGAGUGUGGUUUGAAAUCGAGCUUUUGUAGCAUGACUGAGAAUUCUGGGAAAUUUGAUUUGGAUUUAAAAGUGGUACAGAACAGCUUCUCAGAGAGAAUAUGCUACAGAUAUAUGUGAUGGAUAUCUACUUACAGAAUUCACUUCCUGCCGUGUGAAAAAACAAAUGACUCUCUCAAAAGCUGGAGGUUUUCUCUUUUUGGGUCUGGUUUUUGCAAAUGCUCCUCUUUUUUUCAUCCUGGUCCUCCAUCCAAAGUCACACUUGGGAUUGCCUUAAGUAAGAGUCAAGUGUUCUUGGUUCAGUGGUUUGAACAAAAAAACCUGGUAAAAUAGCAUUAAUGUAACAUAAAGAUUUUAUUUAAUAAAUUAAUAAAACAUAAAAAAAGGUUUAAAGCUCCUAAAUUAGCCAAGUGACCUGUGAAAGUUAAAAGCAGCAUCUCAUGCUACUACGUCUGAGCAAUUUGUGAUUUCAUUACAUGUACUCAGAGUUGUAUUUUAAAAACAACGUUUAACAACAUUUUUAGCGUAAAGUGAGCAAAGAAUCAAAGGGUUUUUUAGAGAAAAACUGCGAUAGUUUCGAAAUCUCAGGGCAUCUCUUAUUAAAACGGAGGGAAUUGCGCCCUCUUGUGGUGAGUCAGAAAAUAACAAUAUUUCCUCCCUAAACUUACAUCAGUUGCGCAAGUUUAAAAAUAAGUACAAGAUUCUUAGGAUUUGUCUGCCUGACUCAACAAAUCCAGCUGAUUCUAAAGAAUAUUGCCAAUGUAUUAGUUUUGAACAUCAAAUAUGGAUUUUUAAAACUUCGAGACUCCAAUAUAUAAGCAAAUGAGCACAUGAUCAGGGUGAAGUCCAACAUAAUGCAGGAUUUCAUUCAUCAGUUUCUUGUUCUGUUUGUUUUUGAUUCUUAGCUUUUCUUUUCUCAAUAAUGAUUAAAAAAAACCUUUAAAAAAAACUUUUUUAAAUCAUAUUGAUAUUGGCCACCAAUAUUUGGGUAAUUUUAAAACACUUUUAGUAUUUUUUGUUUGUUUUUGUUUGUUUGUUUAUUCAGAUAUUUUUAUUGAAGACUUCUAUUCAAUGCCAGCACUGAACAUGAGCUUCACAGGUUCAGUAUUUAUUUUGGAUUUCUAAUGAACUCCACUGUGCUGAUAGUUGUUUCAUUUUCACUCUGACAAACUCUUGUUUUGGAAAAAGUCCUCUCUAGUUGCCAUCUGACCUGGGAAAUGUAUGAGAAAUAAUAUUUGCAGCCUAAGAUUUUUGCAAUUAUUAUUAUUCCGUAACACUUUUAUUGCAAUACUGGAUUGAAACAUUCCUAGUAUUCCCCAUCAUUAGUAUGAAAGACACUCAAAUAGUGACAGCCUCUUUUCUCAUCUCAUCAGCUUUAAAGUGUAUAAGAUUCUCACUUUCUCCUUGACUUCCAACAUUUUAGAUGCUACUUUUUCAUUUAUUUCUGAAAAUCUGUUCCAUAUACUGACUAUUUCUUGAUUCAGUAUUUCUUUCUGAUUCUGCUUUUCACUCUAAAGUCAUAGCAGCGAAUGUUGUUGGUGUCAAAGCAUCAGAAAGUGAGAUUCAAGUGUUUUGUGGAAAAAAAUCCCAAACCUUCUAGCUUUUUUUUUUUUUUUUUUUUGAUUUAGCUUUCUAAAUAUUGCAUUGAUUGUUUGUGUGAUUCUUAUUCAUGUAAAUACAUUUAGAAUUAAAGGACCCUUUUGAAGUGUUUUUAAACAUUAAGUUGAUGCCGUACAUUUUUGUAAUACCAUCAAAUCUUCAUUUUUAAAGAAUGCUUUAUCCCACGAUUGGUCUCGAGGUUUACGCUAGCCAUGUAAGCUUAUAGUGGAGAUAAAAUUAUGCCAUUAAGAUCAAACAGUUGGUUCGAUCAUACAGGUGACUGCAAUGGUCAAUUUUAUGAAUUUUUCCUUUUUUCUUUAUUCUAAACAUGAAAUCAAUUUUGAUGUCCCUCCCUACUUAUGUAUUUACUAUUCAGCCAAUAUCAAUCCAAAACACUUAGCUGCCCAGAUGUAACAAAUAUUGCUAAAAAUAUAUAUAUUUUAUUAUUAAACACCUUAAAGAAGUUGGGAUUCCUGGUAAAGGUGACAGACAAUUUGAAAUGCUGCAUUUUUAGAAUAUUUUAUUCAAACUGCAAACAUCAGGUCCAAGCAUCGGUAAAUGAGGGGAGUUUUUUUUUUAUUUCCCUUGUCAAGUCAAGCCAUGUGAAAAUUAUAUCUGUUUUUAUCUACUUGGUUGUUUCUGCAGUGUGUUUAGAGUCAAUCUGAGUAUUAAGCCAUGAAUGACCAGAUAAGACCAUUGGUUCCUUACCGACUUCUUUGUUUAAUGUUUAUGCAGCGCUAUAGCUGAAGACUUCAUUCUGAAAAUCCCACGUAAGCAGCUGGUCUUGUUUUAGUCGCUCUCAUUUAAAGUGCCGAACAGCUUAACAAGUGAUUUAUUGCACAUCAUCAAACACACUACCAAGUCUAUUAUUUAUCUUGGCAUGCAUGACACUUGCUAUGUUCUGUAUGUUGCAUAUAAUAACAUUUAUUAUACUAUUUACAAAGAGUUUUGAUUUGAGGUUGUUUUUUUUUUUACUGUUUAUGCAUGAUUAAUAUAAUUAUAAUCAAAUUAAAGAAGUUUCUGUUUAAUAAACUUUGAAAUUACACCUGAAUAUUUUGCUUCUUGUUCUGUUUAUUUCUACGACCAAACAGCACACAGGUGUAUAUAUCUACCUGUAAUGGCUUAGCUGAAUUGGUAGGAUUUAUAUUUUAUUCCUGAAAAUUCAGAGCAUUAAAACUUAAUCUUGCAUCAAAACGCAAGUUGACACACAUUAAAGAAGAUCUUAUUUAGAUGUGAACAUUUAAAUGACGCAAAUUAAAAAAAUCUCAAUGUGACGAUCUCUGCUUUCCAUAGUAUUUUGUUUUUAUUUCUCUUGUCUUUGGGAAAUAAAAAGACUAAGGGAAAAUUUAUUUUAAA